GAGCGCUGGCCUCGGAGCCUGCAGCUGGGAGCGCUCGGCGAGCGGCCGGUCGGUGGGGGUCCCCGCGCCCCGCACGCCCCGCACGCCCGGCCCGGCCCGGCCCGCAGUGAGCAUGGGCGCGGCAGCCGUGCGCUGGCACUUGUGUGUGCUGCUCGCCCUGGGCGCGCGCGGGCGGCUGGCGGGGGGCAGCGGGCUCCCAGCAGGGGCCGUCGACGUGGACGAGUGCUCGGAGGGCACGGACGACUGCCACAUUGAUGCCAUCUGCCAGAACACGCCCAAGUCCUACAAAUGCCUCUGCAAGCCAGGCUACAAGGGGGAAGGCCGGCAGUGUGAAGACAUCGACGAGUGUGAGAAUGACCACUACAACGGGGGCUGCGUCCACGAGUGCAUCAACAUCCCGGGGAACUACAGAUGCACCUGCUUUGACGGCUUCAUGCUGGCACAUGACGGACACAACUGCCUGGAUGUGGACGAGUGUCAGGACAACAACGGAGGCUGCCAGCAGGUCUGCGUCAACGCCAUGGGCAGCUACGAGUGCCAGUGCCUCAGCGGCUUUUUCCUCAGUGACAACCAGCACACCUGCAUCCACCGCUCCAGCGAGGGUAUGAACUGCAUGAACAAAGACCAUGGCUGUGCCCACAUCUGCCGGGAGACGCCCAAAGGUGGGGUGGCCUGCGACUGCAGGCCCGGCUUUGACCUUGCCCAAAACCAGAAGGACUGCACACUAACCUGUAACUAUGGGAACGGAGGCUGCCAGCACAGCUGUGAGGACACGGACACGGGCCCCACGUGCGGCUGCCACCAGAAGUACGCCCUGCACUCAGACGGCCGGACGUGCAUCGAAAAGGAUGAGGCUGCAAUUGAGCGCUCUCAGUUCAAUGCCACGUCAGUAGCUGAUGUGGACAAGCGGGUGAAACGGCGGCUCCUCAUGGAGACGUGUGCGGUGAACAACGGAGGCUGCGACCGGACGUGUAAGGACACAGCCACCGGCGUGCGCUGCAGCUGCCCCGUGGGGUUCACGCUGCAGCCGGACGGGAAGACGUGCAAAGACAUCAACGAGUGCCUGGUCAACAACGGAGGCUGCGACCACUUCUGCCGGAACACCGUGGGCAGCUUCGAGUGCGGCUGUCGGAAGGGCUACAAGCUGCUGACCGACGAGCGGACGUGCCAAGACAUCGACGAGUGCUCCUUCGAGCGGACCUGCGACCACACCUGCAUCAACUCCCCGGGCAGCUUCCAGUGUCUCUGCCACAGCGGCUACACACUCUACGGGACCACCCACUGCGGAGAUGUGGACGAGUGCAGCAUGAACAACGGCAGCUGCGACCAGGGCUGUGUCAACACCAAGGGCGGCUACGAAUGCGUCUGCCCCCCGGGGAGGCGCCUGCACUGGAACCGCAAGGACUGCGUGGAGACGGGCAGGUGCCUCUCCCGGGCCAAGGCCUCACCCCCGGCCCAGCUGUCCUGCAGCAAGGCGGGCGGUGUGGAGAGCUGCUCCCUUGCCUGCCCCGGCCACACACUCUUCACACCAGACUCAGACAACAGCUACAGCCUGAGCUGCGGUGUUCCCAGCCUGCAGGGCAAGGCGCUCCAGAAACGCAACGGCACAAGCUCCAGCGCGGGGCCCAGCUGCUCAGGUGCCCCUGCCACCCUCAUCAGGCAGAAGGCACGCUUCAAGAUCCGAGAUGCCAAGUGCCACCUCCGGCCCCGAAGCCAGGAGCCAGCCAAGGAGGCCCCGAGGCAGCUGCUGCUGGAAAACUGCCACAUGACCUUUGUGACCCUCAAGUGUGACUCCUCCAAGAAGAGGCGCCGUGGCCGGAAGUCUCCAUCCAAGGAGGUGACCCACAUCACGGCCGAGUUCGAGGUGGAGACAAAGGUGGAAGAGGCCUCAGACACCUGCGAGGCCGACUGCGUGCGGAGGCGAGCGGAGCAGAGCCUGCAGGCCGCCAUCAAGACCCUGCGGAAGUCCCUGAGCCGGCAGCACUUCUCCGUGCAGGUCGCGGGCACCGAGUACGAGCUGGCCCAGCGGCCGGCCAAGGCGCUAGAGGGCCCGGGGACGUGCGGCCCCGGCCACACGCCGCAGGACAGCAGAUGCGUGGCCUGUGGGCCUGGCACCUACUUCAGCGGGGAGCCCGGCCAGUGUGUGCCGUGCCCGUCGGGGACCUACCAGGACCGGGUUGGCCAGCUCAGCUGCACACCGUGCCCCAGCAGCGACGGGCUUGGCCUGGCUGGUGCCCGCAACGUAUCCGAGUGCGGAGGCCAGUGCUCUCCAGGGUCCUUCUCCACCGACGGCUUCAGGCCCUGCCAGGCCUGCCCCGUGGGCACCUACCAGCCUGAACCUGGGCGCACGGGCUGCUUCCCCUGCGGAGGGGGCCUGCUCACCAAGCACGAGGGCUCCGCCUCCUUCCAAGACUGUGAGGCCAAAGUGCACUGCUCUCCCGGCCACCACUACACCACCACCACCCACCGCUGCAUCCGCUGCCCCGUCGGCACCUACCAGCCCGAGUUCGGCCAGAACCACUGCAUCACCUGUCCGGGCAACACCAGCACGGACUUCGACGGCUCCACCAACGUCACACACUGCAAAAACCAGCACUGUGGCGGCGAGCUCGGCGACUACACGGGCUACAUCGAGUCCCCCAACUACCCCGGUGACUACCCGGCCAAUGCCGAGUGCGUGUGGCACAUCUCGCCGCCCCCCAAGCGCAGGAUCCUCGUCGUGGUCCCCGAGAUCUUCCUGCCCAUCGAGGACGAGUGUGGGGACGUCCUGGUCAUGAGGAAGAGCGCCUCACCCACAUCCAUCACCACCUAUGAGACCUGCCAGACCUACGAGAGGCCCAUCGCCUUCACCUCCCGUUCCCGGAAGCUCUGGAUCCAGUUCAAAUCCAAUGAAGGCAACAGCGGCAAAGGGUUCCAAGUGCCCUACGUCACCUACGACGAGGACUACCAGCAGCUGAUCGAAGACAUCGUCCGCGACGGACGGCUCUAUGCCUCAGAGAAUCACCAGGAAAUUUUGAAAGACAAGAAGCUGAUCAAGGCCCUCUUUGACGUGCUGGCGCACCCCCAGAACUACUUCAAGUACACGGCCCAAGAGUCCAAGGAGAUGUUUCCUCGCUCCUUCAUCAAACUGCUGCGCUCUAAGGUGUCCCGGUUCCUGCGGCCCUACAAGUAACGCGGGGACGGCGGCCCUGCUUGGGUGCCGGCUGCCCGGGGAGGGGAGAGCCCUUCCACAGUCGAAGCUGAAGGCGGAUCCGCAGGCACCCCCACACGGGCUUGGGAACCGCCGUGGCGCCUGCCCUUUGGGAAUUGCCGACCAGCCCGUGGAUGGCAAGACCAAGUCCAGGCCGAGACCCCAGCCCAGCUGCCCUCCUCCGACCCCGCCCCGGUGGGAGAACGUUGCUCAAGGCAGCCUUUCUGGCUCCCUCCCUUGUUCUGCCUGUUCCCUUCCAGAACACUGAGGGCGCCUGCUGCUCCCAGGCCGGCCCCAGCGGAUGCCCACCGGGCAGGGACCUCAGCCACCAGCUGGGCAGGUCCCGGGCAGAGCGGGCCUCUGGAGAGCACGCGUGCCCUUUGCCUGGUGCUCUGGGGGAGAGAGCGGCCGUGGCUGCUGUGUCUCAGGGAGGCGGUCAGAGGCAGAAUCUGGGACGGGAGGCCAGGCCGUGGAAGGAAGGGUGCGUGAAGGCUCGGCUGGGGGCUCCGAUGAGCCGGGCUCGUGCCUGCGGAGCGUCACACCCGCAGGUGCCUCUGGGUCCCGGGGCCCAGGCCCCGGGCGAGGGUGUUGUCGGGGUCUCAGGACUCCCUGAUGGGACUGAAGAGGGGAGCUGGGAGGGGAGAGUGUAGAUGUGUGCUGCCCCAGGACAGAGCAUCUAACUGAGGACUGUGUCCAUGUAAAUAUAAAUACAAAGAUAUAUAUACUUCUA